CUGGCAUGACCUUUUCCCUUGGCAACCACUUCCUUCCUCCGAGCAUCCAACGGCCAUCUUUAAUCGCACUAAAAAAAAAGUUAUUCUUCUCAUGGAAACGCGCCAGAGUGGCUAGCUUGGCUACUCGAAGCCGAACAGAGGAGAACGCCGCGUGUGGGUGACUUAUUUCCGGACACGAACCCCCGAACAGAACCGAGCUGAACCGAAGCGGACUAACGCGUUAGCACGGAAAGCGCAGGAUGCGGAAGAAGCAGACAGUCAAGCAGAGGAAAACCGAAGAGACUCCUGAUGUUGUCCAGGAGUUUGUGGUGGAGAAAAUCACACGACGUAGGAUCUCCAAUGGAAAAGUGGAGUACUUCCUUAAGUGGAAAGGCUUCACCGAUGCAGACAACACAUGGGAGCCCGAAGACAACCUGGACUGUCCGGAACUGAUCGAGGACUUCCUGAGAAACCAUUUCUCAGAAGACAAUGAGGAAGAAGAGCAGGAGUUUGUUCCUAAAGAGGAAUUGAGAGAGGAGAUGGAAUUUGUGAGUAGGCACAAUCAGGACUGCGGUGGCGACAUUGUGGGCGAUCCAGAUUCACCCACCGACUACAGCGCUUACCCCCAGCCUGAAUGCAUCAUCGGCUCCGCAGACCGAAAGGGAGAGCUCAUGUUUUUAGUCAAAUGGAAGAACUCUGGUGACGUCGCACUGUUGUCGGCCCACGAGGCGAGCGCUAGGUGUCCUCAAGCGGUGAUUGACUUCUAUGAGCAGAAACUGACCUGGCACUGCGGCGGCGGCGGCGACGACGAGCAGUGACGUGUGCGAUGACGUUGGCCGAGGUGAACGUACGUCUUACCUCCUUUUUGAGCGCCGUCGCUCAGCUGCUGUCAAGGUGGAGAAUGAUGCUGACGAACCUGUAGCCUUUUUUUUACGUCAUCAUGUAGCACACACACAAUCACUGUGGACUGCGUCUUUAUCAGUAGUUAUUUCACAAUUUACUCUUUUUUUUUUUUUUUACCGUUUUCCUCCUCUGGUGUGCAGGUUGUAGCACAAUUUAGCAUUACUAAUAUCCCUGCACCUUCAGGUAAGGGUGCAAGAAGUGAUUAGAUGUGUUACUCAAUACCAGUACAUGCAGCAGUGGAAAUACUACAAUUCCUGUGGCAGCUGUACGCCACAAUACUGAUAUGCGUCACAUGACAUAUCUCCAGUGGUGUUGUGUUCAUGAUCGGGGGAAAAAAAUCUGAUACAGAUAUCAACCAAUAUCACAUUUUAAUCCUGAUAUUUAAUAAUUACAUAUAUAAUUAUAUAUAUAUUAUUAUAAUAUAUAAUAAUAAUUGUAUAUGUAAUAUUUAUAUUAUUAUAUUUAAUAAUAAUAAUAUGAUUAUUAAAUAUAAUAAUUAUUAAAUGUCAGCAGUGUUGUGUUCAUGAUCGGGGGGGGGGGGAUCAGAUACAGAUAUCAACCAAUAUCACAUUUUAAUGCUGAUAUUUAAUAAUUACAUAUAUAAUUAUAUAUAUUAUAGUAAUAUAUAAUAAUUAUAUACACAAUAUUUAAUUAUUUUUUAAUCAUAUUUAAUAAUAUAAUUAUUAAAUAUUAUAAUAAUUAUUAAAAAUCAGCAGUGGUGUUGUGUUCAUGAUCGGGUAAAAAAAUCAGAUACAGAUAUCAACCAAUAUCACAUUUUAAUCCUGAUAUUUAAUAAUUACAUAUAUAAUUAUAUAUAUUAUUAUAAUAUAUAUUAUAAAAAUAUAUAAUAAUUAUAUACAUAAUAUUUAAUUAUUUUUUUAUCAUAUUUAAUAAUAUAAUUAUUAAAUAUAAUAAUAAUAAUUAUUAAAUAUCAGCAGUGGUGUUGUGUUCAUGAUCGGGGGGAAAAAAUCAGAUACAGAUUUCAACCAAAAUCGCAUUUUUAAUAAUUAUAUAUAAAUAUAAUAGUAUAUAUUAUAUCUAUUAAAUUAUUUAUAUUAUAUUUAAUAAUAAUAUGAUUGUUAAAUAUAAUAAUUAUUAUUAAAUAUCAGCAUUAAAAUGCAAAAUUGGUUUAUCUGAUUUUUUUCCCCCCACGAUCAUGAACACAACACCCCAGGAGAUACGGAGAUCCCUAAAUAACACAUGGAAUCGGAGGCACUGUCUCACCUUUAGCCUGGUUGUCAUGCUCCCGUCUGCUGUAGCACCACCACCUCCUCCGCCUCCUCCUCCUCCCUCUAAAUUACUACAGACUUAGAGUGAAAAAAACAGCCUAUUUUUGGAGAGAAAAAACAUGAAUGGGUAAGUUUUUCCAAACAUAUUUACAAAGUGCUAAAUGAAGGGAUCCACUGUACAAGAAAAGCAUUUUGACUUUUUUCUGCAUUAAAAUAUUUCAUAUUCGAGUUAAUACGGUACUGUAUGAUGCUGUAUUUUGGGUAUUAUGAGUUAUAUUUGAAUCUCACCUUUGUGCCCCUGACUGCUUUGUGUGUGUGUGUUUAUAUGUACUUGUUUUAUUUACUUUUACAGGCUACAUUAAUAAUUCACGGUGAUUGUCUAAACACUUCAAGCUUAAUAUUAAUAUUUACCAUAUACAGUGAAGAAAAUAAGUAUUUGAACACCCUGCUAUUUUGCUAUUUCUCCCACUUAGAAAUCAUGGAGGGGUCUGAAAUUUUCAUCGUAGGUGCAUGUCCACUGUGAGAGAGAUAAACUAAAAAGAAAAAUCCAGAAAUCACAAUGCAUGAUUUUUUAACAAUUUAUUUGUGUGAUACAGCUGCAAAUAAGUAUUUGAACACCUGAGAAAAUGAAUGUUAAUAUUUGGUACAGUAGCCUUUGUUUGCUAUUACAGAGGUCAAACGUUUCCUGUAGUUUUUCACCAGGUUUGCACACACUGCAGGAGGGAUCUUGGCCCACUCCUCCACACAGAUCUUCUCUAGAUCAGUCAGGUUUCUGGGCUGUCGCUGAGAAACACGGAGUUUGAGCUCCCUCCAAAGAUUUUCGAUUGGGUUCAGGUCUGGAGACUGGCUGGGCCAUGCUAGAACCUUAUUAUGCUUCUUACGGAGCCACUCCUUGGUUUUCCUGGCUGUGUGCUUCGGGUCGUUGUCGUGUUGGAAGACCCAGCCACGACCCAUCUUCAAUGCUCUGACAGAGGGAAGGAGGUUGUUCCCCAAAAUCUCACAAUACACGGCCCCAGUCAUCCUCUCUUUAAUGCAGUGCACUCGUCCUGUCCCAUGUGCAGAAAAACACCCCCAAAGCAUGAUGCUACCACCCCCAUGCUUCACAGUAGGGAUGGUGUUCUUCGGAUUGUACUCUUCAUUCUUCUUCCUCCAAACACGCUUAUUGGAAUUAUGACCAAAAAGUUCUAUUUUGGUCUCAUCUGACCAUAAAACUUUCUCCCAUGACUCCUCUGUAUCAUCCAAAUGGUCAUAUGCAAACUUAAGACGGGCCUUGACAUGUGCUGGUUUAAGCAGGGGAACCUUUCGUGCCAUGCAUGAUUUCACAUCAUGACGUCUUAGUGUAUUACCUACAGUAACCUUGGAAACGGUGGUCCCAGCUCUUUUCAGGUCAUUGACCAAGUCCUGUCGUGUAGUUCUGGGCUGAUUCCUCACCUUUCUUAGAAUCAUUGAGACCCCACGAGGUGAUAUCUUGCAUGGGGCUCCACUCCGAUUGAGAUUGACCGUCAUGUUUAGCUUCUUCCAUUUUCUAAUGAUAGCUCCAACAGUGGACCUUUUUUCACCAAGCUGCUUGGUAAUUGCUCCGUAGCCCUUUCCAGCCUUGUGGAGGUGUACAAUUUUGUCUCUGGUGUCUUUGGACAGCUCUUUGGUCUUCGCCAUGUUACAAGUUAAAGUCUUACUGAUUGUAUGGGGUGGACAGGUGUCUUUAUGCAGCUAACGACCUCAAACAGGUGCAUCUGAUUCAGGAUGAUACAUGGAGUGCAGGUGGACUUCUAAUGGGCAGACUAACAGGUCUUUCAGGGUCAGAAUUCUAGAUGAUACACAGGUGUUCAAAUACUUAUUUGCAGCUGUAUCACACAAAUAAAUUGUUAAAAAAUCAUGCAUUGUGAUUUCUGGAUUUUUCUUUUUAGUUUAUCUCUCUCACAGUGGACAUGCACCUACGAUGAAAAUUUCAGACCCCUCCAUGAUUUCUAGGUGGGAGAAAUAGCAAAAUAGCAGGGUGUUCAAAUACUUAUUUUCUUCACUGUAGUAGUAUACGGUAAAUUAAACCACACUGUGGGCAGUUGAGGAACUGUAGUUCUUGAGUAUAUGUAUUUAGUUACUUCAUUAGUUACUUCAUUAGUUGUGUGUGGCGUUUUCAAUUGUAGCUCAGCAUAUGUUGCUUCAUAACAAAACUUUUUUUUUGGCAUUUUUGAAGACAUUGACAUUAAAACUGAACAAAAGAAAAAAAAAAAGUCAUGCACGCUGUUUGAAAAGAUGUUAAUGUAGCACUUUAGAUGUUAUCAGCUGUCGGUUCUUCCUCACGUGGAAGGGACGUAUCCUGUUAUGGGAUGGGCGCUCGACCUUAAACCUAAUAAAAACACACCUCCUCGACUACUGAGCGACUGUUGACUGUACUCGUGCGUAGACACUGUAGAGAUAUGUGAAUAAAGCCGUUAUUGUGCAACCUU